CAAACACCGGCACAUCAUUGGUGUAAUUGAAGUGACGAUCAAAACAAGAAAAUUGAAAACAAUUUGCAAAUGAAAUGCAAUUGAAUUGAAUUGCAAUGAGUUUUGUGUCCAUAUUUCACAUCCAGAAGCGAUUCCUCAACUAUAGGAUCACUUAUAAGGGACCCUUUGAUUACAAGAGGGACCACACCAAGGCAUACAGAUAUCCAUUUGGUAUCAACAAAGGCGCCAUCGAGGACACCAUCAAUGAGAUCAACCAAAUCAGACAACUGGACCUCAAAGACACGGAUGUCUCGCCUUUCCAUCUGGUCUGGAGGUACAAGACUAUGACUCACAUCCCAUGGCACGAGAAGUAUGUGUUGAGUCACUUGGGAUUACAUCAGAAGGAGUGCCACAUCCGAGUGGUUGUGCCCAACACUCCGCACUUCAAUGGCCUCUUAUGGCGGGUGAAGCACUUGAUUCAGUUGAUGCCCAUCGCCUUCCCCGACGGCAUCCCCACCGAAGAGGACGUGGGAUGUGUCAAACUGAACACAUAUACCGGUGCCCUGUCUGUGAACCCCAGCCAUAAGGUGUCGGCCGAUCGCAUCGAUUUGGCCAAAAGUGAUGACAUAUAUUAUGGCAAAUAUUUGAGAGAGUAUUUGAAGUGGAGUUCCGAUCAAUGGCUCGCAUAUUGA